GAAAGAGUCGUAGAGCUGGAGAGAGACGAUGGAGGGAAGAUUUCGGCCUUCUUUUCCGUACAUCUCCUCUGUAAAUUUGCCCUAAUUUUCUUUUUGGGAUUGUGAAAACACAACGAAGAUUUUUAUUUUCUUUUUUUAAUCGAAAUAAUUCAGAUAUUGGAUUGCUCAUCCUUCGUCUUCUCUUCGACGCGUUGAAAAUCCGCCCACCAUCUUCUUCUCUGUCUUCCUCCGUCUUUCUAUUCAUAUAUAACCCUUUUCCCCGGAGCUUUUCCAGGUCGUACGAUUAUCUGAUUGUUUUUAUCUUCUUCGUGGGUUUAUCCAGAUUUUUCCGGUUUUCCCGGGAAAAUCAAAACUUUCUCUGAACCAGUAUCUGGGUUUCGUUUGAUCUCGCGGAGCUGCGGGGGUUUCACCCAGCUCCGCUUUCGAUCUGUUGCGAAUUUGCGAUAUUAAUCGGUCAAUUGCGGUCGAUCCAAUGGGGAAUUGCUGUGGGACACCGAAUUCGUUGGUCCAACACGAGAAGAAGAAGAAAGGGGGGAAGAAACCGAACCCUUUCUCCAUCGAUUACGGCCUCCACCACGGCGGCGGCGGCGGCCACAAGCUCGUCGUCCUGAAAGAGCCGACGGAUCGCGAGAUCGGGUCGAAAUACACGCUGGGUCGGGAGCUCGGUCGCGGCGAGUUCGGGGUAACGUACCUUUGUACGGACAAAGAAACCGGGGAGACCUUCGCUUGCAAGUCGAUCUUGAAGAAGAAGCUGAGAACGGCGGUGGAUAUCGAGGAUGUCCGGAGAGAAGUUGAGAUCAUGAGGCAGUUGCCUCAGCAUCCGAACAUUGUAAGCUUGAAAGAGGCAUACGAGGACGAUAAUGCAGUGCAUUUGGUCAUGGAGCUCUGCGAAGGAGGCGAGUUGUUCGAUAGGAUCGUCGCGAGAGGGCAUUACACGGAGAGAGCUGCCGCUGCGGUGACCAAAACGAUCGUGGAGGUUGUUCAGAUGUGUCAUAAGCAUGGAGUAAUGCACAGGGACUUGAAGCCUGAGAAUUUCUUGUUCGGCAACAAGAAGGAAACUGCUCCUCUUAAGGCGAUUGACUUUGGUCUCUCGGUUUUCUUUAAGCCAGGUGAGAGGUUUAACGAAAUUGUUGGAAGCCCAUACUACAUGGCUCCCGAGGUGCUAAAACGCAAUUACGGACAGGAGGUAGACAUUUGGAGUGCUGGUGUUAUUCUUUACAUUCUGCUUUGCGGUGUCCCGCCUUUCUGGGCAGAAACCGAGCAAGGAGUUGCACAAGCAAUCAUUCGAUCUGUAUUGGAUUUCAGAAGGGACCCAUGGCCCAAAGUUUCCGAGAACGCCAAAGACCUUGUCAGGAAGAUGCUUGAUCCUGAUCCAAAACGGCGCCUCACCGCUCAGCAAGUGCUUGAUCAUCCUUGGUUACAGAAUGCUAAGAAGGCUCCCAAUGUUUCAUUGGGUGAAACCGUGAGGGCAAGGCUGAAGCAGUUCUCUGUUAUGAAUAAGCUCAAGAAAAGAGCUCUUACAGUUAUCGCUGAGCAUCUAUCUGCCGAGGAAGCCUCUGGUAUAAAAGAAGGGUUCCAAGUCAUGGACACAAACCGGAGAGGGAAGAUUAACAUCGACGAGCUAAGAAUCGGGUUGCAGAAACUCGGUCAUCACAUUCCUGACGAUGAUGUACAAGUCUUGAUGGAAGCUGGAGAUCUGGACAAGGAUGGAUACUUGGAUGUGAAUGAGUUUGUAGCCAUAUCCGUGCACCUAAGGAAGAUGGGCAAUGACGAGCACCUCAAGAAAGCGUUCCAGUUCUUCGACCAGAACAAGAGUGGAUAUAUCGAAAUCGAGGAGUUAAGAGAUGCAUUGGCUGAUGAAGUUGACACCAGUGAAGAAGUUAUCGAUGCCAUUAUGCAUGACGUUGAUACCGACAAGGACGGAAGGAUAAGUUACGAAGAAUUUGCGACAAUGAUGAAGGCGGGAACAGACUGGAGAAAGGCAUCGAGGCAGUACUCGAGGGAAAGAUUCAAGAACCUCAGUCUCAAACUGAUGAGAGAUGGGUCGUUGCAGUCCAACAAUGGCGAUCCAAAAAUGAUAUGAAAUCAUUACGGUAUGCCCGCCAUGAGAGAUGAGAUCAAAAGGGGAAUGCAAAUCUCUGUCGUUUCUUUUCCACUACACAGUUAGUUUAAAUGGGUUCUUGAUUAAGCCUUAGGGAAACACACGGUUCUGAAUAUUGUCUGAAUACCUGAGAUGUCUGAAGAAGAAGAAGAGGAAGAAGAGCAGAGGAUCUGGUCUGUGGCUGUGUCUGUGUGUAUAUAUUUAUCUGAAUUCUGAACACAUCAUCAUUUUUUUCCCCUCGUGGUAUUUGUAAUUUUUAUAUGCCCCAAAAAGUUUGGGAUAUAAUUCUCUGCUCCUUGAAAAAAAAAGGCAGAGAAUGGCUUGUAUUCUUUUUUUUUUUUUUGGAUCUUGUAAAACCCAGUUCGGGAGGAAAUGUAGAGUUUGAUGGCUUUGUAUUCCUAAUUUAAUGUCGAAAUACAUAUACAUAUA